CAACAAUUUAGAUGUUGAUAAAAGUAUUGCACUCUAAUGCGACAUGUGUCAGUUUAUAAAAAACGAUACAGGGAGUGGUUGUGUAUAACCAGGAAGUAAUCAGAUGUCAUAUGACUGCAGAAACAUGGCUGCGGUGCAGUGGCAUUCUCGGGAGCGCCGCUACCAGGCGGAGCUCCAGUCCUCUCGUCUGGAAUGCGUGCCGGUGGAGUUUGGAGACUACCAUCCUCUAAAGGCAAUCACUGUGACGGAUGCCAAAUCACGCCGGGGGGCUCGUAAAGGCAGCACGUCCUCCUCUUCCUCCUCCUCUUCCUCAGUGGCCCUGGACCCUCUGAGCUCCAUGUUGGACGGGACCGACCCCCUGUCCAUGUUCGCUGCUGCCUCCGCCGUUGAGGUCCCAAGCCUCCCACACAGCAGCUCAGCAGGGGAUUUGGGGAGGAAGAAAAGAGAGGAGGAGGUGGUGGGAACUGACUUUGAACCCUGGUCAGCUAAACGAGGAGAAAUCCUGGCCAGGUUCACUACAACAGAGAAGCUCUCCAUCAAUCUUUUCAUGGGAACGGAUAAAGCUAAGGCGCCCAGCCCUGGCUCCUCAGCCGUCUCAGAAAAGGUCCGGACCCGGCUGGAGGAGCUAGACGACCAGGAGGAGGGUUCCCAGAGGGAGCUGCUGAACCUGUCCCAGCAGGAGUACGCCAACAGAAUUGAAGAGCUAAACCAGUCCCUGAAGGAGGCCUGGGCCACAGACCAGAAGGUCAAAGCCCUCAAGAUCGUCAUCCAGUGCUCCAAACUCCUGUCCGACACGUCCGUGAUCCAGUUCUACCCCAGCAAGUUUGUUCUGAUCACAGACAUCCUCGACACCUUUGGUCGUCUAGUGUACGACAGAAUCUCCAGCAUGUGCUCUGCAGACUCACAAACCUUACCAGACUCGUUCACUGCGGCUGAUGUCAACGACACCGCGAAGGAGACCUGCCUUAACUGGUUCUUCAAGAUCGCCUCUAUCAGAGAGCUCAUCCCCAGAUUAUACGUUGAGGCCGCCAUCUUGAAGUGCAACCGCUUCUUGAAUAAAACCGGCAUACAGGAGACCCUGCCCCGGCUGACCGCCAUGAUCAGGGGGAUAGGAGACCCCCUGGUGGCUGUCUAUGCCAGAGCCUACCUCUGCAGGGUGGGCAUGGAGGUGGCCCCCCAGCUGAAGGACAGCCUGAACCGCAACUUCUUCGACCUGCUCAGCACCUUCCGGCAGAUCCACGGCGACAGCGUGCAGAACCAGCUGGUGCUGCAGCACGUGGAGAUCCCACAGUACCUCACCCUGUACUCGCCCGCCAUCCACUGGAUCCUGCAGUGUGUGGCCUACCGGGCCCCCGACCCUCUUCUGACCGAGAUGAUGGAGAGAUGCAAGAAGCUGGGUAACAAUGCCCUGCUGUUGAAUUCCGUCAUGUGGGCGUUCAGGGCCGAGUUCGUGGCCACCAGGGCGACAGACUUCAUCGGCAUGAUCAAAGACUGCGAUGAGGCCGGCUUUCCAAAGCAUCUGUUGUUCGGCUCGCUGGGCCGCAGCCUGGCCUGUGCGGAUCCCCCGGAGGCAGAGAGGCUGACCAUCCUCAACGAGGCCUGGAAGGUCAUCACCAAGAUACGCGGUCCGCAGGACUACAUCCACUGUGCGGAGAUCUGGGUGGAGUUCACCUGUCGCCAUUUCACAAAACGGGAGGUCAACACCGUUCUGGCCGACAUCAUCAAGCACCUGACCCCCGACCGGGCAUUCGAGGACGCUUACCCUCUGCUGCAGUCUGUGAUCCAGAAGAUUCUCACCUACUUCCACGACUUUUCCGUCCUAUUCUCCAUGGAGCGCUUCCUGCCGUUUCUGGACAUGUUCCAGAAGGACGGCGUGAGGGUGGCGGUGUGCAGAGCCAUCAUGGAGGUCUUCAUCAAACAUCAGCUGGAGCCCACCAGGGACCCUGUGAUCCUCAACGCACUGCUGCACGUCUGCAAGGCCAUGCACGACUCCGUCAAUGCCAUGACCCUGGAGGAUGAGAAAAGAUCUUUGUCUUUGUUGAUCAGCGGCUUCAUUCGCAUGGUUUGGUUUGGCCGUGACUUUGAGCAGCAGCUGAGCUUCUGUGUGGAGGCCAGAGCCACCUUCUGUAACCUGGAGCCGCUGCUGGUGCAGCUCAUCCACACGGUGAAUCAGCUGGCCAUGGAGACCAGGCGGAUGAUGAGGGGUAAUCACUCCCGCAAAACUGCCGCCUUCGUCAGGGCGUGUGCUGCCUACAGCUUCAUCACCAUUCCAUCUCUGAGCAGCAUCUUCUGCCGCCUCAGCCUCUACCUGCUCUCUGGACAGGUGGCGUUGGCCAACCAGUGUCUAUCCCAGGCGGACGCCUUCUUCAAGGCGGCGGUCAGCCUGCUGCCGGAGGUUCCUCGCACCAUCAGCGUGGAGGGCAAGAGUCGCUCCUCCGAGAGCCUCCUGCUCGACUUCAUCAACAACUUCUUCGCCAUGCUGCUGGUUGUCCCGGACCACCCCGAGCAUGGCGUGCUCUACCUGGUGCGAGGGGUCCUCAACAUGGUGCAGGACUACACCUGGGAGGACAACGGGGACGCCAAGGUCAAGGUUUACAUCAGCGCACUGCCCCUGCUGGCCGCCAUGAGUCAGGAGACGUACCUCUACUCCAUACCCAAAGUGGACUCGAAUGAAACUCUUUACGGUGGCGACCCUAAGUUCCUCACGGAGAUCGACAAGCUGUGUGAGACCCUGAUAAGCCAGGUGUUGGACUACCUGAAGACCCUGGGUCGAGAGGAGCAAACGGUGCGUCGGCAGGGCUCGCUGUCCUUCUCUCUGUUCAGCUCACUGCUGGCCCACGGGGACCUGCGCAACAACAAGCUCAACCAGCUGGCCGUCAACCUCUGGAACCUCAACCACAAGUACGGCUGCAGCGACACGCGUACCUCCGUGCGCACGCUGGAGUACAUCAAGCAGCAGGCCCAGCAGCCCGGCAUGGCCCACAUCGGUGACAUGGUGCAGAGACUCACGCUGCAGUCCAGGACCUGAACACCCAGUACCCAGCCAGGACCGGAGGCUCCAGACCGGUGUACUGUGUACUGAAGGGAUAUAGAUCCACCCCUGUGGGAUGCUUCUAGGGCUUGAAGGAUAUGGAUUUUGUCCUCGGGAGUGGGGAGAGAUCGGUGCUACCCAAGUGCGUCCUUGUCAUGGUUUCAAUGUUGGUUGAUUGAAUCGUUUCCUUUGGAUUACAGUUAUCUGUUUCUGUUUGUUUAGAGUCUGGUUUAUAAAGAUAUUCAUUGUCAAAUUUGGAAGAUAUAACUUUAACCAGGCUCGAGUGAAGCAGGUCUACAUUUCUGCCACAAGCCUGAAAAUGUGAAAUCAUUCCACAAAACCCUCCCAAGCUGCAGCGGCUGGACUUCAGGGAUGGGCCAGACCGCCAUGGUCCUCUUAACCUGCAAGGUCCUAGUGCCCUAAUAUUAGUGGCCUGAAUAAAUGGGGUCAUUAUGUGAAGAAGAGCAAAGUCACCAUGGAUAUGAAUGAAAAUAUGAACCUUGAAACUAAGUGCAAAAAAAAAAUAUUCUAACCUUUGAGUUACAUCAGUAUCUUGGUUAACUAAUCAAGCACACCUGAUUUAAGUGUGGAAGAUGUUGCCAUUUUAAUAAUACGAAAGUUCAUUCUACACUGUUGUCUUUGUAGUGAGAUUUUUGUCAAGGUUCUUUGAUAGUUUCACUGAAUUAGUCUUGAAGAAAAGAAUAAGGCUUAACAUUUUGAAUCAGUUCUGGUUUAUUUACUCAAUUGUUCAUCAGCGAAAAGGCAACAGUCCCCGCUACAAACCAUCAAAGUUAUGUAAAUAAAUGAAAACGGUCACAAUAAAAGUAUGAUUAACUAGAGAGCUCCAGUUAGACAAAAGCGACUAUUAAUAGUACAGCUCUUGCCUUACGUAUUUCAUUAAUUUGUAAAUCCUCAAUUUGGUUAGGACUUUGAUUUGAGAGUUCCAAUCCUGAAUUAAAUUCCCAAAUGUAUUGACUCGAUGUCAAACAAAAGCUUUGAAUCUAGGAUUUGGAAUAAAAAUUACUAGCGUUAACAUAAUACCCCAUGGCAAUUGGCAAAUUGUAUUCAUCUGCACCAAUCCAGUUUUAAUUAUUAGUACUUUAAAAACUACUUAUAUUCAAUAAAAAUCCCAAAGCCUGGUCUUUAACAUUCAACCCUCUCAAUCACAUUCUGUUACUGACUUCUUGUCUUCCAUUGUAGCGCUAGUAACCUCAAGAUAAAUAAUUAGCAAGUAAACUAAUUAUACUCCAAGCUUGUGCAAAAGUGGAUGGGGAGGGGGUAAUCGCCCCGCUUGUGUGUGUGUGAAGUCAUCCAGAGCAGACGUUGACCUAAUUAAUUGCUUAAGAUUGAUAUGGUAAUUCAAGAACAGACAGAGGAAAGAAAAAAGAAGCAAGAUGGAGUAAAUCAAGCAGAUUAAAAAAACUCAUUAAAUUAAGGACAAAAUGUCCAGCCUACACUGCCAUGAGCGCAGAGCUUAGAACUGAAGUCCUUCUGCAUUCAGCCUGACUGUACCAAACAAAAAACAGAAAACAAACUGUUCAACAGAAACAACACACUCCAGUGCUGUGAAUUCAGUUGCAGUUUAAUAGAUUUAUCUUAAUGUGUGAGGGUUUCAAAAAUCAGAAGGAAAAAAAAGCAAACUAAAAAGAACUAUAGAGCAGCCUGUGGUCGUUCUAUAUGGCCUCCUGUUGUAGCACCACCUCAGAGAUAGAAGAGGGCUUUAUAUAGAGAAUAGGUUAAUUGCAUUCCAACGACUGUACCAUCACGUUUGCAGUCACACACACACACACACACACCAGGUGAUGACAAGGUCGGCAGGGGUAACCAUUGAACAAUGGUCAAUAUUGUUGGUAUUGCAAAGAUAUGUGAAACAAAUAUGAGCCGGGAUUGAAAUAGUGUAAAUUGGCCCCUAUAAUGGCCUUGCCCGAAAGACACCACAUUCAUUUUUCCUGUGUUUUAUUUUAACCAUCCAACAGUCGGCCAAAGUCUUGGGAAUUUACAGUUGGUAGUGCCAGUACUUUGACAUAAUUAAAAUAAAAAAACAAAAAUGAAUCGGUUGAAAGACUUGGGGUCAGCGACAGACUUUUGAACAGUCCUUGAGUUUCUGUGUAGAACCAAAAUGAAUACAGUGCAGCACAACACACAUCGUAAAAAUAAACAAAAAGAUGAAUGGUUCUUUGUUAACAUUUGUGAGAUAAACAUCGCCACCCCCCCCCCCCC